UUGGGGUUGAUUGAAUCAGUCAAAAUUCGCCAUUCUCACGUGUAGAGGUAAACAAAAAGUAAUUUCCUCUAGUUUUUCCAUUAAAUUACAGAAUAAAUAGGUGAAAAUGUCUCUCCUGAGAAUUCGCAAACCCAAAACUCGUCGUGGCAAGAAAAUUCUGUUGGAUCGCGAGCCAAAAACAAUCGAAAACUGCAAAAAUGCCAUUUUUGUGGAAGGUCGCAAGUGUUCAGCCAACGUCAGAGGCGCCAUGAAGGAUAUUUUUACAAUUAAAAAACCCGGAGUCAAAAAUAUGAAGCACAAUAACGAUUACACUCCCUUCGAUGAUGCGACUCCCUUGGAACAACUCACCAUGAAGAACGACUGCACACAUUUCUUCUUCGGCUCGCACAGUAAAAAACGUCCCGACAACUUGAUUAUCGGUCGGCUGUACGAACACGAAGUGCUCGAUAUGGUCGAACUGGCCAUCAAAUCGUUCAAACCUUUACAUGAAUUCAAAGUAGAGAAAAUUAGCACGCACGUGAAACCGUGUCUAAUUUUUAACGGCUACAAAUGGAAGUUGACCGAGGAAUUGCGACGCUUACGGAAUUUGUUGCUCGAUGUCUUUCACAAGGAACCUGUUGAUGCAAUUCGCUUGCAAGGCUUGGAGCAUGUCAUCAGUUUCACCAUUGACGACGAUUUCACAAUUUUUAUGCGUUCCUACAAAAUUCUCUUGCGGAAAUCGGGACAGAAAACGCCACGUAUUGAAUUGUCAGAGAUCGGGCCGUCGAUCAAUUUUGGUAUUCGUCGCACGAAAAUCGCUACAAAAGAGUUGUACAAACAAGCGUUGCGAACGCCGGCACCGCUGCGUGUGACGAAGAAGAAGAAUGUCACGCGAGACGAGUUGGGCAACUACCAUGGAAGGGUCCACGUUGGCAAGCAAGACGUGACGAAGUUGCAGACACGCAAGAUGAAGGGCUUGAAAAAGACGCCAGAAGAGAAGAAAGCUGAACGGAAGGCGAAGAAACAAGCAAUGCGCGAAACUAGAGUAGAAUUUAACAAAAAUGAAUAAAUUUUUUUGAAUAUUAUUUUUUUUAUGAGAUAACAAUCCAUAAUAUUUUCUUUUUAUUUGAGUUAAUAAUAUUAAUAGUACUGAUA